UCUUCCCACCUUCAUUCACCGACUUUCCCUCUAUGCUUUGCGAAAUUCGACGGAAAAUUCCAAUGUCGCACACCGCCGGUGAGAUUAUUCUGUUAGGCGUGAGAGUGAAAGUCGAUCCGUUGAGGAAGACCGUGAGUUUGAAUAACCUUUCUGAAUACGAGCAUCUUAGUAACACAAGCAAUCCGGAGGCGGGGAAGGAGGGCGCCGGAGCUUCCGGAUACGCCUCCGCGGAUGACGCAGCGCCUCAGCCGUUCUCCGGCAGCGUCCGCCUCGAACGCAAGCGAGCAACUCCAUGGACGGAGGAAGAGCACAAGCUAUUCCUUAUUGGAUUGCAGAAGGUUGGGAAAGGAGACUGGAAAGGAAUUUCUAAGAAAUAUGUCAAGACUCGCACGCCGACUCAAGUCGCUAGCCAUGCUCAGAAGUACUUCCUCCGCCGGAGCAACCUCAAUGGCCGGCGCCGCCGUUCUAGCCUCUUUGACAUCACCACUGAAUCGGUUGCUGCAAAGCCGAUGGAAGAGGCUAGAAACCGGCAACAGAUCACGGCUAAGCCAGUUGCACGGCCUCCACCAUUGACAUCCAAUGCCAUUGUAUGCUCAACCAUGCCAUUAUUCCCCAUGACCGUUGAUCCUGUUCUAUCAUCAAUGCAAGGAAGGAAUCAUACAUUGGAAAACUGUCAAAACUUCCCGUCAUCAGCAACGUUUGUUCAUCCUCCUUCCUCAGCAAUGGCUGAGCGGAACUUGAACCAGCAAGUUCCUAUCGAGUCAUCGCCAUUGUGUCUGAGGCUGUCCCUCUCCACAGGUCCGAACAAGUCGCCAUUGCCGGUCAUGUCUGGCUACAAAAACAGAGAUAGCAUCAUAAGUGUUGCUUGAGGAAGAUUACUUUUUUGGAAGGAGAAUAAGACCCAUGAAGAAGAGGGCACAUCAUAACCAUAGACAUUCUUGAGAAAAAUAGAUAAAGAAAUAGAUUGCUUAACUAGCUGUUUGAAUAUUGAUACCAUCUACGCACUGUACAGACUGGCACCAUAUAUUAUCUUGGACUUACCCUUGUUAUAUAUGCUUAGUAAUAUUCAAGAUUCUUGCUUUGGUUU